UUCGGUGUCGUUAUCCAUUCGGUCGGCGAGCUCGGUCACGGCAGGAAGCACUUACUUAAACGGAUACACCGCGUACACAGGCCGCUUCCCAUCCGAGAGGGCCAGUUUCGCUUCUGUUUCGCACCCCAAUCGUUCCGGCCGCCAGUUCGAUCUUUCCGCUCGGACAGCAUUUUUGCGGACACUGUGCAGACGCGUUAUGGAAUAGAAGGGUGGCAACGUGUACGAGGGGAUGAAGAGUGCAUCGAGUCAGAAGCAACAACCUUGACCCUGGUGAUCACAGGAAGAGACAAGAUGGAUGGAGGAUCGUGGAAACGCGCGGCGAUCUUUCUCGCCGCGAUCUACAUAGCGAUCGGCACGGUGCAGUCAGAAUUCAGCAAGGACCCGACGUCCUGCGGCCGAACAAUAUGCAAGGUGCCGGCACACAGGAAGUUCAAGUACGAGGAGGGCGUGCUGUACAAGUACAGGUAUUCGGUGAACGUGAGCACGAACUUAGGCGGCGAAGAAGAAUCGAAGAACGAAUCGACCUUGCACCUGGAUGCGUACGUGGUAGUGCGGUUCACGAGCCCCUGCGAGGGCAAUCUGAAGUUUUACGACGCGAAGCUGGGACACGAGCCCGGAACCAGCGUCGCGGAUACCGAGUUCAACAAGAACCUGGCUCAGUACAACCUGAGGUUCUCGUUCGACGACGGAAAGGUCAAUGAGCUGUGCCCUCAUGAAGGGGAACCCGCGUGGGCGUUGAACUUGAAGAGGGGUGUCCUGUCGAUGCUGCAGAACAACAUGCUUAGGUUCGACGUCGAUCAUCGCGUGGAAGAGCUGGACGUGAAUGGGAUUUGCGAGACUUCCUACCGUCUGUACGAGGCCAGACACACUAGUCUCGUUGUUAAGAAAUCGAAGAACCUGUCGAGCUGCACUUACGGCGCGAAACACUUCUCUGUUAUUCAGUCGAACGUCUACAGAAGUCCAAGGUCCGAUCCCUCGAGGCAUCCCCUCUUGGAGUCCCGCAGCGACUGCGAGCUGACCGUCGAUCACAAUGUCUACGAGGAGGUCAUCUGCAAAGACGUGCAUCGGUUGCAGCCGCUCUCCAGCGGGACCACAGGUGCCAGGACAGAAUCGACGGCCGUGCUCAAACUCGUCAAAGAGAUCAGAGAAGAGCAAUCGAACGACUACGGCAGGAGCAGCGAGAACGAAUACGACGAUGACGUCAGGGAACCCGACCGCAUCAAGAGAACCACCCUGAUCUACGAUUACAUGGGAACUACCGAGAGGGCGAACUGGAAACUGAGAUCACCCAGGAAUCUCCUAAAGUCGAUGUGCAAAUGGGGAGUAGAUUCCGAUGAGCCGCACCAAGAAUUCUCCGAAACUUUCGCAGCGUUCAUCCAUUUUCAGCGGGUGUUCGACGAUUAUCCCUCGCUCUCGCAAUUGUUCAACAGGGCCAAUACCUACUGCAAGGCUGGAAAAAAGUACAUCGUCGACGCUUUGCCAUUUAUCGGCAAUAACGCUGCCGUGAAUGUGAUGAUCGAUCUGAUCACGCAAAAUUAUGUCGAUCAGAGUACCGUGGAUAGUUGGGUGACUGCUUUUGCCCUGAUCCCGCGACCGGAUUUGAAAACGAUCAAAGCUCUGUCGCACCUGUACUUCCAGCGACACAUCCCGGAAAGUCAGUUCAUGCUUAGCUUUUCGGCAACGAUUCACACCUUCUGUUCGAACCAUGGAACCUUGUGCAGCGAGGCCGAGCCUGUGGCGAAGUUCAUCUCGCAUCUGGAGCAAAAAAUCAUUAUCGGUUGCGAGCCUCGGCCGCAUGCUGAUUCAACGAUCACGGAGACAAUGAAAGCGUUGAAGGCGAUAGGGAAUAUGGGUUUAGAAACGGAGACCUUGAAGGAGAGGCUAAAACUAUGCAUAGACGACACGAGCGGAUUCGUGCCGAAGGAAGUGCGCGUUGCUGCUGUCGAUGCUCAUCGCAGGAUGCCGUCCUGCGAGAAGACGCGCGACCUCUUCUUCUUGGACUAUUAUCGAAACUUCACCUUAAACACGGAAAUCCGUAUUGCAUCCUAUCUCCAGGUGAUGCGUUGUCCCGACUACAACGUCAUCAAGAUCAUCAAGCACACCUUGAAGAUGGAGGAAGUGAACCAAGUCGGAACCUUCGUCUGGAGCCACUUGACGAACCUCUACAACUCCGCAUCGCCGACGAACGUCGAGAUCCAGAGUCUGCUGACCGACAGGGACCUCGGAGAAAAGUUCAACACCGACAGGAGGAAGUUCUCGCGCAACUACGACGGCUCGUUCUUCUCCGAGGAGUACAACGUGGGUGCGAACUACCAAGGGAACCUGAUCUUUGCCCCAGAAUCCUACAUACCCCGUUCGGCGACCUUCAACCUGACCUUCGACCUGUUCGGCGAGUCCGUAAACGUGUUCGAGUUCACGACCAGGCUCGAAGGCCUCGAGUACUACGCAGAGAAGUUUUUCGGGCCGGAUGGACCGUACAAUAGCGACAAGGUGUCAGGAUUCAUCAAGACUCUGCUGAGGAGUUUCAGAGAGGCGCCGGAACAGGAGGACUACUGGAAACGCGUGAAACGGCUGCCGAACGUGAUCGACAACGAUUUCGAGAACCCGAGAAUCAGCAUCAGCUACAAAAUGUUUGGAAAUGAUCUGGACUAUUCGGUCCUGAACGGCGACAAAGAGAUCGGAGAAGCUUUGCUGCGGCUGAACCCCUGGGAGACGUUCAAGCAAAUGGCUAAUAAGAAGGAGAUCCAUUUCGAGAACGCGGCGAUGUUCUUAGAUUCUACUUAUGUGGUGCCACUGGCAUCUGGUCUGCCGGUUCGGCUGGAUUUCACAGGGUCUGCAGCAUGCAACUUUACGAUGUCAUGGUUGCUCAAUAGUAAAAGGAUCGCCAACAACGAGGUCGAGUUCUUCAGCACGAUCGAGCCGAGCGUGAGCAUGAACGUCAUUGGCAGCAUGGCUGUGGACGCCUUCUACACGAGCGCAGGUGUAAAGUUGCGAUCGAACGUCUACUCUUCGAGUGCAGUUGUGUUUCACUUGAACGUGAAAGGAUUGCGCUUGGUUCAAAUGAAUCUGCGUUUGCCUAACAAGAAGUUGGAGGUGCUCUCCGUCGGAACCGACAUUCUCUUGACAUCGGGCAAGGGCGAGAAAUACAAGGAAACACCGCUAGGCGUUUUAAUCGCUGGCCAGAACGACAAAUUGAAGAGAACGAUUCCUAGUAAUGUGAUCGCAAACACCAGUUGUUCCUGGACCGCCCUUGACAAGCUUAUAGGAUUAUCAUUAUGCGUCGAUUAUCAGCUGUCGAACGUGACGAAGAACCCAGACGCGCCGUACUUCGUCCUGGCCGGCCCGACGCUCUUCAAGAUUUCGUUGAUGAAGGCCGAUUAUUCAGCAGAGGAGUACUUGUUGGAGUACAAGUGGGAGCAAACACAGAAGCAGAACAUUUUCAGGGUCGCAUUCGACACGCCCGGGACCCUGGUGAACAGAGAAUUGAGUGCAACAAUGUACUUCGACACGAAGUCCGAUUAUGUCACCGUUGUGUUGCGAUCAGCCGGGAAUUCUAUAGUUGCAAAAGGCACCUACAAGAACACGGAGAACGAGACGUUCAUCGACAUAGGCUUCGACAUAAACGGCACGAAACACCUGGACGCCAGCUUGGGCUACGCGACGAAGAAAUUCAGCUACGGCUACACCUACAGCCCGGAGAUGCACUUGAUCAUCAACAAUGAACGAGUGGCGGCUCUUUCGGGGACAAUAAGGAAUGCCUGGAAGAACGAUGUUCUGCAAUGCGACGUGGAUCUGACUUUCCGGACGAAGAAGGUCUGGAGCAAGUUAGUUGGCUACGUCGUCAAAAGAAACGCCAGCCUAGCUAGCGACUUCAAGCUGGACUAUCAGCUGCAGAAGAUGCCUAAGAAGGAGACACUGGAGUUCGAAAUAUCCCUGGUGAACCGGUCCUCAAAGACUCUGACGCAAAAGACGGCCGACAUGAAGCUACACUCCACGGCAUAUCCUCAAUUAAACACUAUAGUCACUGCCUGGUACCAGCAGGCUCUCGGUCACCUGGAAUUGCACGCUGAAGUGAACUCGAAGCCACACCUGAUGGACGACCGCCACAAGCUCACGGCUCAGCUGAUCCUUUCUUACUCAAAGAUGUAUUUCCAGAAUCAGGACACCAAGAUGAGCGCGCUAAUCGCUAUAACAAAGCCCAUACAGAAUCUGGACAUCAAGCUGGGCAUCAAGCACGAUGCCAUGGGACCCGAAUCGAGGACUACUUUGCUGAUAGGAUAUGCUCCAGGAAAAGAAAUCGUCCUGACCGUGAAUCUGCUAAUGCCACGGGGUCUGAUGUUCGUGAUGGAGGGCCACGCAAACUUGUCGAUCCCGAAUUUCAAAGCGAUGCUGUUGGAUGUGCGGAUCACGGAGAGGUCGAAGCGAAUCUACGAGAUCGACUUCAGCGAGACCUCGUUCACUGGGUACAACAUAACCGCGCGCGGCACUUAUUCGGACCAAUCGUUCGGGUCCGUGGUCAGUCACACUCUGAAGCUCAUGUUAAAGUCGCCGACGUUUGCCAAUGACGUUCUCUGGCACUGCAAACUGUACCGCAACUACUCCAACCUGAACGUGAGCGUUUUCGUGGAACAGGUGGACCGGGACAAGUACGCGUUCAUACUCACCCACGCGGUGGGAUCGCCAACGAAUUUCAUCUCGUACAUCGAGGGCAGGUACAAGAGCAAUGUGUACUCGGUGACGACGAGUGUCGACACCCAGAAGGAGAUCCGGAUGGAGGUGCACUUGGACAAGUGGAGAGACGUCCACCUGGCCUUGACCGGCGUGAACGAGGAGAACACGAAGGGCUUCGGAGCAGAGAUCAAGUGGGAUGCUAACAGAGACCCUGCAUUAAAGCUGGCCUUGUCGUUCAACUUCGACAGAACGUUCGUUCCGGCGCUGACGGAAAACCAACUUCCAGAGAAGAACCUGAGCACCGUACUGACUUUGACUUAUCCAGGCCGCUUCAUCAGUAGCUCCUGUCGCAUCGUUGCCAGAGGAAUCUACAACUACAUUGUAGAUGCUGCCGUUGAUUGGAACCCGGAUAAAACCAUUGGAUUGUACAUCGCUACCGAGUACGAUUCUACGGUGUUGAGUAGAUUGAUCAAGAUCGAAGGCCAAUUGCUCACACCCUUCGAGAACUGGAGAAGAACCGCUCUGACCGCCAAAUAUCUACAGGAGCAAAACGGACUAAAGUUAAGCGGCAGCACGCACUGGAAGGACUCACAGGUGCUGAUGGCAGAGUUCGACGGCAGCGUGGCAGAGCACGAGAAGAUAACAGAAUGGCAAGCAAACUGUGCUGUGACCAGCUCAAUUCACUCAAUUUCCUGGACUACCGUGAACAUCACCCACAAGAUCGUGGAUUCCCAAGUCGCGGACACUCGUCUGCUGAUCAAAUACAACCCGGACAAGGUGAUCAACGCAUGGAGCAUUUGGUACCUGGACAAAGAAUCUGAUAACGUGUUCAACUUGACCGGGAACCUGCACCUCGAGUCUCCAGUGACCAACUAUAAGAAAACGGACCUGAAGUGUCAGCUGCAGAUCCUACCGGACUGGAAGUUUCUGGGAAUGGCGAGCCUGGACCUGGAUAGAAGGACCUACACGACGAAAUUAAUCGGGGACGUGCGUCGUUUGCGAGAAUCGAUGGUCCAAUUCGACAUUACCACGCCCCUGGAAAAGUUCGCGUUCAUCCGCGGCCGGUUUGGCCUCUCGGAGAGCAAGAGACACGUCGUUGCCGAAGUAGUAACACCGUCAGGACCUAUAGGAGUGGAGGCUUUGGUUCAGUUCCUCACGGCGGAGUACGACUGCAACGUGAAGCUGUCGCUGGCGACCUCGUUGGAGCUGUUGCAACGGGCGUUGCUGGUGGCCAAGCUGAACAACCACAAGGCCGAUUUCAGAGUCGGGUACAACAACAUGACUGUCGGGUUCCAGGGCGUCUGGCACUACGGUAACAUCACCGACUUCCAUUAUACCUAUCUGUUGUUCACGCCGGUGCCAGGACUCGAACAGAUCGGGGUGGUUGCGAAGCUGAUCGCCGUGACCACGGAACAGGAUAAGUUGGACAUCGACACCGAGUUCUCGGUGAGGUUGAUGGAGGUGAAACUGGGCAUCAGAGCGAAGGCUGGUCCGAAACCACCACCGGUUAGCAUACCCAUCAAGGCGCCGAUAAGCGCCGCGGAUAACUCAACGACCCAGGAAUCGGAACAAGAAGAGGAUCUCCUGGACACAACGGAUGAAAGCAACACUCUCUACUGGCACGGUGAGGCUGGGUUAGACUUGGCCAUCGUCGAGCCCGUGAUAGCCGAGCUGGACAUCGACCACGAAGGACCGCAGUACAAGAUCGUGGGAAACCUGCAGUGUUUCGGCAAGAAGAUCCUCCUGGACGAUAACUUUUACAUAGAAGAUCUGUUCAAUUUGAGGAACGAGUUGAACGUGGUAAUUCCGUUCGCAUUCGCCAACGAGAUCGUCUGCGUGAACGCCUUCGUCGUGGACAUGGAGAAGCCUAGCUACACCAUGCAGCUGGCCGUGAACGUCCGACGCAACAUGACCUGGCACGAAUCCGGCGUCACUGUCCUCUACGUGUACAGCGAGAGCGAUACCGACGACUCGAAUGUCCAGUUCCUUCAGAUGGACGUCAAGACUCCCUUGGACUUCCUCAAGUUCCUCAUGACGAACACCACCCUGGAGACCGAUGAGAACUACCGCAAAACCAAGGUGACAAUGCGUGCGCCGAACGCGGCGAUCGACGUCCUCGGCAUCCUGGAAACCGACGAGGCGAUGAUCCACACGGUUCUCGUUACCGAAGUCGACACGCCGAUGCUGAAGCUUCCGAGGUCCACGAUCACCGCUAAGAGAGACUUCACGGCGAAGGAGAAAUACGUCAGGGUGAGCGUGGACAUUGCCGAGCCGGUCUCGAAGUCGUUCUCCUUCCAGUCGGACUGGUACGCGACGGAGGACCAGAUAAGAGCUUCCGUGGCGUUGAGGACAUGGCUGCAGGUGCUGAAGAGCCUCGAAGCGGACGUCACCUACACGAACGCCGUUGCUACCAACGACACCGCGAACGUGACGAUGUACGUGAGGUACCUGGACGAUAGAACAUAUAAGCUGACCGGGAACUACAGCGGCGGUUCCGUCGAAUCUGAAUUCUUCAUGCCGAAAGAAUCAAAGCCAUACCUGACGUUUCACGGAGACUUGAAGAGGAUUAACGGCACCGUGUACCAGUUGGACGGGGAGUUAAACUCUGUGUCGAAAAAGACGUCUUUGGUGUCGGCCACGUUCCUCCCGAAGGGCAAGUCUUUGAAUGUCUUCGAUAUGGACAUGAAGCUGCAGUCGAGAUCCGGAGACGACGUUAUACACGUGAAGCUGAAAAAGCAGAACUACGGCCUGAAGCUGAACCUGGAGAGCCAGAACACGAACGGGACGUUGAACGUGAAUUUCAUUAAUACGUUCAAUUGGGACUUCAAUGCGCACGCUGAUGUACUAAAGGCAUUAGGCCAGGUGGAGAAGUACCAAGUCGUCACGUUCGCAAACGUUCAGGUGAACGGGAACACCACGCUGUACGUUCACGCUGAGACCCCAUUGUCGGAUAUCAGGGACCUCACCUUCGACGGGAAUAUGCUGUUGGUCAACGACAGUGGAAAUAUCGCGGUGCGCAAUCGGUUGAACGGAGACAGCUUUUACGCGGGUUUCCAGUGGAAGCUGGUCUUCAUGGUGGACAUGUUCGGCAGAGUCCUCGCCGGCUACCAAAAUGGAGAUCGGACCAAGGACUUGGAUGCUAGGUUGUACAUGAAAAACCCGGCACGGUUGUUCAGGAACAUCGACGCAGGAUUCGAUGUAGACGUCGAUCGAGACCGAUGGAGGUUCGCGGCGAACGCUACCAUCGGGUUCCGCAACUUCGAGAAUAUCGACGGGGUGUUCAUCGCUAGACUACCCCCGCCGUACAGCGACGACCAUCGAUUCCUGAUCAGUUACCAUGCGAACAACGGGCUUGCGGACACCUCUUACGUGAUCGGAUACAACACCGUCAAGGCGAAGACCAAUUACGCGUCCGAUUGCUCGAUUCGCAUGAACAAGCGGGACAUCAACGGUCACCUGCGCGUGUCCUGGGGAAUGCUGCCCAUCCAGUCCGUGAACAACCUCUUCAACAUCACCUUCGACAACAAGCAAAUCGAGAUGAAGUACUCGUUGUACACCCCGAAGUUCCAGCAGCAGGAGACUCUAAUGUGCCUGUUUAAUUAUGACGCUACCUCGGGCACGGAGAUACGAAUGAUCAACGCGGACGUGUACUUCCCAGCUAGCACGCACCUGGGUUCGGCGAACGUGUCCUACGAGAGCCUGGUGAACGUCAACGGAACCCUAAAUGCUAUUAUACCUACGGCGAACGCCACGAAGAUUGAAUGUCAAUUCAUAGUGUUCACCACUCUGCAACAAAACAAGAGGUACAUGAAGGUGUCCUGGCCGCAGAACGCGGCCAUCGUGAACUCUGAUUACACGUAUCGCAGUCAGAAAUUAGACUCCGAUCUGGACGGGGUGGUGCACGUGGAGGUGCCCUUGCAGACUCGUCACGUGGGCCACCUGACCUACGGUUAUCAGAAGCGACCGCAGAUAACUACCGGAUACUCGGAGAUGACAUACAACAAGCAAAAGGUGUUGCAAGGCCGAUACAACUCGAAGAGCGAGUCAAGGGCCGGGUUCGAGACGGAUCAGAUUCAGAUCUCGAUCGAGAACGCGCUAAAGCCGAUCGGCAUUGUCUACUUGAACCAGUACGAGUAUAGCGCUGGGAACGAGGGUACAAAUUACCCGACGGUCGAAUACAAGCGUGUGAACAUCUACCAGCUGAAUAACAAGACAGCAUUCAACGUAGCCGGCGAGUCUUGGAUCAGAACGUCGCAUACCGGCCAGGAGAUACGUCUGAAGGCGAUCCAUUCGAACAGAACCGUGGAGCUGAAGACUGAUUACCAAGUUUUGCCGGGCGAGUUCAUACAGAACUCUUCGCUGAGUCUAGCUGAAGACGUUUGGAUAGCGUAUCAGAUCGACAUCGAGAACAGAACCACGGAGGAGAUCGGCAAUCAGAUUAUGAUCGUGACCGUGUCCUACCCGCAGAGGGAGUUCGUCCUGAACGGCUCCUAUUGGAUCAGCAGUGACAACAUAAGGACCUUUGUGCACCUCGAUUGGGAUCAGGAAACAGAGCAGCCCAGAAACAUCGGCGCCCUGUUCAACUGGGCGAACUCGACCCAGAGUUACAUACCUGUUCCGCAAUAUCAAGUUACGGUCGGCCUCCUGCAUCCCAGCUUUCCGAAAUCGGUGAUCGUGAAGGGCAGACUGAUGAAAGAGACCCCCAGGGAUCUGUUGAACGCAGAGAUCAUCGCCGAUUAUUCCAACGAUCCGAACAAAUUGUUUUCGGUGUCCGCACUAAUCCGGGACAUGAGCAAACUACCCUCCACCAGGAAGUAUAUCUAUAAAAUAAUCGGUAAACAUCUCAGCACCAAGCUGGACCUGAACUUGCAUGGAUUCGUUCUCAAUCAUCAGAACAUCUUGUUCGAGACUGCCAACAAUGGUAGCUACGUGCGCAGCUACAUGACCACAGAGACUGGGCAGUUGAAUGCCUGGUUGGACCUUGUGCAGAAAGAGGUGCUGUUCCAACGGGACUACAAUGACGCCAAAAAAUAUCUGAACGUUAGAGUCUUUCCGGGUACAAAGAGAUUUAUUGCGAAUGGCAGCGCGAUAAACACGCCUAAUCUUAAUGCCACAGGGGACUUCUUUUUCGAUUCUGACGAGAAGCUGAUCAAGAUGAUGGUGAAUUAUACUCCCGACGCCGUGGAGAGCUUGCAGAUGUACGGAAAGAUUCCCGAUGCUCGGUACGCGUCCUUCAACAUCUGGAGAACUUAUCAGGACGACUACUCGAUCUCCGACGUGUCCUUCUACUUGAAAUUGAACCACUCCAGACUGGUGACUUCGACUCUCCGCUGGAGACCCGAACUGAAGAGCGAUAUUAUUAAUGGUAUCAAAAACUCGGCAAUGGAUUUGUACAAUGGCAUGAACAACGAUAUCGACUAUUGGAAACAGUACGUGAAGAGCGAGACCGCGAAUGUGAUCUCGGACGUUUGGAGCGACGCGCAAGACGAUCUUCAGCAAUUCCUCGACGACUGGAACAGUUUGAAGGAGCUGCAAGAGGACCUAGACAAGCUGAAGAUCUACCUGAACGACUCGUACAAUGCGAAUGAUUUUUACAUCAAGGACAUUGUCACGGUUGGCUUAUACGUAGUCGACGAACUUUCCCUGCGACAUCACAUCGAGUCUCUGCCGAACAUUCUUAAUGAGAUAUGGGCGAUAAUGGGCGAAUCGGGCGAGGCGAUCAGGCACUCGCUGCUGUGGGUGAUCGACGCCGUGAAGAACGCGUUCAACAAGGUCUCGGAAAUCAUCGCAGCUAUCCUGAGGGGCGAUUCGAUCACCCAAGUAGCAAACAUCAUCGAGAAACUGAUCGAGAAGUACGACAAGUUCAUAAAGGAUUUGCAUGUCUCCUUCAUCAAGUACAUGGAGAACCUUUGGGGCAACAUCUCGCAGACGAUUUCUCAGCAGUGGAAUCGGGUCCUGCUACUUGUCGAGCCUGUCUUCAUCCGCGCAAUACAUUAUCUCGAGACAAUGGCGUGGAAGGCGAGCAAAGAAGUUGUCGACUUUCUAUACGACCGUCGAAACGAUCUGAUCUCGUCCCCCUAUUUUGAUCGGUUCACCAACUUCACCCAGGACAUAGACAAAGUCUACCGGGACAUCAAGGCCAACGACAUCGUGACUAACAUACAGAAGUACACCGGUCUGGUGAUGCAAUUCCUGAAGGACAGGUACUUCACGUUCGUCCCGUUCGGCAAGGAGCUCAAGGACGUUAUCGACGAGAUCAUCACUGAGCUGAAGGAGCUGCAAAAGCUACCCUCUAUCCACUACGCCAUGGAGAAAAUGCAGCAGGUUUACGACAGAGCGUACUAUUUUUACGACUAUUUGGAGAUACGAGCGAAACUGGAGAACGUCAUUCGGCUAAUCCAUGCAAAGCUCAUGGACAUCAGCCAGUCGGCUCUGCAAUCCGAGAGCCAGUAUCGAGAAGCCAAGACCAAAUUCAUAUUCGACCCGAACCAGGGACUUAUGUGUCUCGAGCAGAAGCUGCCCAUGUCCUGGCACGCGUUCGAUAAGACUCCGGAGUUCCACGAGAUCCCAGAGUUCAGAGCCAUCUCCGACAUGAGGUCAUACUUCGUGUCCUCCAACGUGACCUUCUGGAGCCUUUACCGGUACAAGUCAUACAUGGAACCUCUCAAUUGGCUGCCUCCUUUUAGAGCAACGGCAAUGAUCAUCGGCUCGCAGCAUCUCGUCACCUUCGACGGCCGACACCUGGAUUUCGUCGGACCUUGCACGUACUUGUUAGCCCGCGACUUUAUUCACGACACAUUUACCAUUCUCAUAAAGUACGACCUGCACCAGCCCAACCGGGUUACGCACAAGAUUAUUAUCCUCAUCGGGAAUGACGCUAUCGAGCUAGACAUCUUCGCCGACACCAUACAGAUAAUCUCCAAACAUUCGCCAACCACGUUGACCAAUCUCGAGCUUCCCAUCGAGCUGGAGAACGGGACCAUGUACGUGUACCAGGCUGAGAACAUCAUCACGGUGGAGCGAAAGCAGAACCAGCUGCGUCUAGAGUGCAACUUGAAGUUCGACCUGUGCACCUUAGAACUGUCGGGUUGGUACCACGGGAAAACCGCGGGGCUGCUCGGCUCGAUGAACAACGAACCCAUGGACGACACGACCGCCUCAAAUGGCGUGAUCCAAUAUGACCUUGCGACCUUCGCCAGCAGCUGGUCGAUCGAUGAAGACGAAGUCUGCAGAAGCAGCCCGAACCAAGCCUCGACAAGGAAACAAGAGGACGGGGACGUUGCAUUAUUCUGUGAUGACUUGUUCGUCAACGUAUCCUCCGAGUUCGUAUCCUGUUUUGAUGUCGUGGAUCCUGAAGAGUACUCGAGGCUGUGCAGCCUGAGCACGAACAAACCGGAAGCUUGUACGGUGGCCUUGAGCUACAUACAGGCUUGUAUGUACCGUAACACGUUCCUGAGGAUACCCGACGCGUGCACCAGCUGCAAGAUGAUGAAUGGUAGCCAAGUGGCGGAGGGUCAAUUCAGGCAACUCGAAGGCGAGAACGUGCCCAUGUCAACCGAUGUUGUCUUCAUCGUCGAAGGAAAGGAUUGCAAUCGGGAUAUUAAACAGAACCGCAGCAUAGAGCAGCUGGUCACACAGCUGAGCAAAGAGUUCAAGGAGCAUGGUCUGGAGGACACCCGCUGGUCCCUGGUUGUCUUCGGUGCGAACGGCGUCUUCGACAAGCCGAGGAGCGUCGUCCUCGACGGACAGAUCUUCACGAAGAACGCGGCACGAUUCGUCAACUACUUCGAUCAUGUUCCGGUUGGUGCCGGCAGUCGCGACGUCUUCGCGGCCAUAGUGUUCGCCACGAAGCUUGUCUUCAGGGCCGGCGUCUCGAAGACGUUCAUUCUGAUGCCUUGCUCACACUGCGAACCGGAAAACCAAACGCUGGAUUAUACGGUGCUCCACGAGGCCCUGCUCGAGCACGACGUCACUCUUCAUAUUCUGAUGGACGGUGACUUCGAGUUCGAGAAGGAGAGGCUGAACAAGAUAUUCUAUGGACUGGACGCAACCAAGUCGUAUACCAAGAAGGACUCCAGAACGCUGAUCGGCGAUGCUGACCUCAGAAGGCAGGUGAAGCUCUCGAAGAGCGCCCUGGGAUACUGUACCCCGUUGUCCUUGGAGAAUAACGGGACCAUAUUCAGCGGCGACAAGCUGCGAUUUGACAAACUAACAUCGAUCAAGAAGUUUGUCAGCGUAUUCUCAAAGAGGGUGGCCCUGACCGCGCUGCCAAAUCCCUGCCAGAACUGCGAAUGCACUGCGGAGAACAGUGGGAUCACUCGAAUGGAGUGCAUACCCUGCAUUUAUCCUACUCCGGUCACAGUGGAUUACGAUGCAUUUAAUGAUUCGCUGACAUCGUUGCAGCCAUUGAGCAUUGAUUACGGGCAGAUCGACAUCGACGACAACUGAGGUGUUAACGAAAGUACAGAUUAGAUUAUAAAUCGCCGUCACACGUGUUUUUUUUUUUAUUUAUUUGACAUGCUAUACCGAAGGAUGUGUAUCAACGGGAACGGAGCACUCACCUUUCGAUGAUAAGUAUUUGAGAGACAUAUCUUUAAGCAGUGUCGCAUCGAUAACGUAGAUUAUGUGCCGUAUGUUGUAAGUUUUUGAUGUAGUUAAUAUUACAUACUUGUAAAAUAGUA